AUGGCGAUUGUAGCAUCACUGCCAGACGUUAACCUCUUCUCUUCUGUACCUUCAACGCCUCCACCAUCGGAGUCACCGUCACGUUCUUUCCGUCCUACUCCACCGAUUCCAAUCCCAAAGUACUCACCAUCCCGUCGCAAUCGUAAUCCCAGAACCGAGCCGAAGCCACAACCAAACCCCGCCCUGAAGCUUCCGCAUCGCCGAACGAGAUACUACAAACCAGUGAAAGAAGGAGUCAUCUCCUCCGACGGCGAACGCACGAUCCUCAUCGGCGAAUCCGGCGUCUCCUACCAGCUCCCCGGCGCUCCCUUCGAGUUUCAGUUCAGCUACUCGGAGACUCCCAAGGCUAAACCGGUGGGGAUACGCGAGCCUGCGUUCAUGCCGUUCGCGCCGCCGACGAUGCCGAGGCCGUGGACGGGGAAGGCGCCGCUGAAGAAGGCGAAGAAGAAGGUUCCGCUGUUCGAUUCGUUCGAUCCGCCGCCGGAGGGGAAGGCGGGCGUUAAGCGUGUGGAGAUGCCUGGGCCGUUUCCGUUUGGGAGGUAUCCGAAGGAGGGGAUGAUGACGAGGGAGGAGGUUCUUGGGGAGCCGUUGAAGAAGUGGGAGAAAGGGAUGUUGGUUAAGCCUCAUAUGCAUGAUAACCGUCAGGUUAAUUUGGGGAGAGAUGGGUUUACGCAUAACAUGUUGGAGCUGAUACAUUCGCAUUGGAAGAGACGGCGUGUUUGCAAGGUUCGCUGCAAAGGUGUUCCCACCGUGGAUAUGGAUAAUGUGUGUCGUGUUCUUGAGGAAAAAACAGGAGGAGAGAUCAUUCACAGGGUUGGAGGUGUCGUGUAUCUCUUCAGGGGAAGAAAUUACAACUACCGCACACGUCCUCAGUACCCAUUGAUGCUGUGGAAACCAGCAGCUCCUGUUUAUCCAAAGCUUAUUCAAGAAGUUCCUGAAGGAUUGACCAAAGAUGAAGCUCGUGAGUUCAGGGUGAAGGGCAAGUCUCUUAAGCCCAUAUGCAAGCUCUCUAAAAAUGGAGUCUACGUGUCGCUGGUCAAAGAUGUUAGGGAUGCCUUCGAACUGAGUCCCUUGGUGAAAGUUGACUGCCCAGGUCUUGAACCAAGUGACUAUAAGAAAAUAGGCGCUAAGCUUAAGGAGUUAGUUCCUUGUGUGCUUCUAUCGUUUGACGAUGAGCAAAUACUCAUGUGGAGAGGACGAGAUUGGAAGUCGCGGUUUCUAGACUAUCCUUUAACUCCAAUCCCCUCUGAGACCAACAUAGCAGAUGAUGCAGACAAAACCAUUGAAGAACAAACAGUGUCUGAUCAGAAUUCAGUGAUCUCAAGCCCCAAAAUGAUCUCACUCUGGAAACGAGCCGUGGAAUCGUCUAAAGCAGUAAUCCUGGAAGAGCUUGAUCUCACUCCAGACGUUCUAUUGGAGAAGGUGGAAGAGUUUGAAGGCACCUCGCAGGCUGCAGAACACACUUUCACAGCCUUGGUCUUGCCGGGAAACGACGGUGCCGAGGAUUACGUAGAUGACGAGGACCGUCCUGAGGAGUAUAGUGACAUAGACGAUGACUUUGACGACGAGUGUUCUGAUGAUGAUGAGUCGUUUGAACCGGUGCGUCCAGAGGGAUCUUUGCCCGUUGACAAGAUAGUUAGGAAGCUGAGGGAGAAACUAAAGUAGAGCCAGAAGUGUUUUAACUGUAAUUUCAUCUUUUGUUUCGUGUAUAUUGUCGAUAUUUAAAACAUACUAAAAACAGUCCCAUAAGAAAGUGGUUGCAUAUUGUCUCUC